AUGUCGAACGACAAGCCUGAAGUUACUGAGGUAGGCAUGGUGACCUCACCCACUGCCACAAAGCCUAGCUUCAAAACUCGCGUGGCGGCCCAUUUCAAGAAAUGGUGGUGGGCGCACCUCAUCGCAUUCAUUGUAGUCGUGCUCGUUGUGGCUCUUCCAGUGGUAUAUGUCGGCUAUCCGAACAUCGCACAGGGCGACAUUAACGACUCGAAAUUGGAAGUCAAGUCGAUGACGAUCAGUGAGCCGACACCGAAUUCGUUCCAUGUGGACCAGGAGCAGGUCAUCUGGACGGACAGCAUGUAUCACCCAACCAUCUAUAGCUUUAACGCAAGUGUUAGCCUGCUUGGCGCAGCCCCGUUCGCCAUCGCGACCAUUCCGCAACUCAAAGCGACGGAUGGGGUCGAAGUGCAUGUAGACCAGCACCUAGACUUGACUGAUGUGUCUGCAUUUGGCGACUUCGCCAUAGCGGUGAUGCAAAAUGAAUAUCUCGGCCUCAAUGUUUAUGGGAAGCCGGACUUGAAGCAGUCAGGUUUGCACAAAAUCAGCGUGACGUAUAACCACACCGCUACUAUGAAGGGCCUUAACAAGCUAAAGGGAUUCUCGCUGUCUGGCAUGCAUCUUAGUACGAAGGCAUCCGACGGAACGAACACUGAAGGACAGGUUCUGAUCCCCAACCCGUCGGUGAUGACGAUCAGCUUGGGCAAUGUGACCCUUGAUCUCUCCGUGAAUGGAACCGCCAUUGGCACAUCGUACAUCCAGGAUCUGGUAUUGAAACCUGGUGAUAACAAAUUCCCCAUGAGAGCCAAAGUGGACCAACUGGCCAUCAUUGGUAUGAUGUCGAAAUAUCCCGGUACGGUUGUCCCCGUGGAUAUCACGGGCUCCGAGACCAACUCGAGCGUGUACGAUGGCCAGGCUCUUCCAUACUUCUCGAGGGCUUUGGCAUCGAACAAGCUACGGGUUGAUCUGAACAUUACCGAGGUGGUUGGUUCGAGCUCGGGUUCGAGCUAA